GUGGUGGUUGUUAGGAGAGCGGGCGGUCGCUCACAGCGGGACAUCCAAUAGGAAACGACGCUGCUAGUGUCGCCAUGGUGACGGGGCCGUACCGAAGGAGGUUGUGAUGAGUUGACAGGUGCGUGACAAUCGGAGGCUCUCUGCAAGCAUGUACGCCAAAGGCAAGAGCAGCAACGUGCCGUCCGACAGCCAAGCCAGAGAAAAGUUGGCCCUUUAUGUGUACGAGUACCUGCUGCAUGUAGGAGCACAGAAGUCAGCACAGACCUUUCUGUCAGAGAUCCGAUGGGAGAAGAACAUCACGUUAGGAGAACCUCCGGGGUUCCUCCAUUCAUGGUGGUGUGUUUUCUGGGACCUUUACUGUGCAGCUCCAGAGAGGAGGGACACAUGCGAACACUCCAGUGAAGCCAAGGCUUUCCAUGAUUACAGUGCUGCAGCAGCUCCCAGCCCCGUCCUCGGGAACCUUCCUACAGGAGAGAGCAUGCCAGUGGGGCCUGUUCCUCCAGGAUUCUUUCAGCCCUUCAUGUCACCACGAUACCCCGGAGGGCCCAGACCACCCCUAAGACUACCUAAUCAGGGACUUGGAGGAGUUCCAGGUAACCAGCCUAUGCUACCUACUGGGAUGGACCAAACCAGACAGCAAGGGCAUCCAAGCAUGGGAGGACCAAUGCAGAGGAUGACCCCCCCUAGAGGCAUGGUACCCCUGGGGCCCCAGAGCUAUGGAGGUGGGAUGAGACCCCCACUGAAUGCCUUGGUUGGUCCUGGGAUGCCUGGUAUGAGCAUGGGACCUGGCGGUGGCAGACCUUGGCCAAAUCCUCCAAACUCAAAUUCUACUCCUUAUUCUUCUGCAUCUCCAGGCAGCUAUGUGGGACCCCCAGGGGGAGGGGGUGCACCAGGAACCCCAAUAAUGCCAAGUCCAGCAGAUUCAACCAACUCUGGCGACAACAUGUACACCAUGAUAAACACAGUACCUCCUGGUGGAAGCCGACCAAAUUUUCCUAUGGGUGGAGGUAGUGAUGGUCCAUUGGGGGGAUUGGCAGGAAUGGAGCCGCAUCACAUGAAUGGGUCUUUAGGGUCCGGUGAUAUGGACAGUCUCUCCAAGAACUCUCCUGGUAACCUAAGCAUGAGUAACCAACCAGGGACACCGAGAGAGGAUGGAGAGAUGGGAGGAAACUUCCUUAAUCCAUUUCAGAAUGAAAGUCAGUAUUCUCCAAACAUGACAAUGAGCGUGUGAAGACUCGUAAAGUUGUGGGGAAAUCGGUAUAAAGCAAAGAGACACAAUAAGACAUCAUUUAGGCCAGUGAUUCCUUGUCCGCCAUCGCUGCCCCUAUCCCCAACCCCUGACCUCCAUUUUCCCCAAACUCUCCAUGGUUUCAGCCUACGUCUCUACUCUGUUUCUUCAAAGUGACCACUCUGCUGCAUUCAGACUGUACAAAAGAUCCAAGUGAAACGUGCAAGAGGAGAACUCUUUAUAUAUUUACAUGCGGUGUAUGGAGCAGUGUACAUCCAACACAUGACUCUGAACCAAAUCAUUCAACUGAAGAUAAACAACCAAGAGCAUCCGCACAGUUUUUUUUAUUAUUUCUUUUAUUGUUAAAUGUAUUUCAGCUUUUUUAAUGAGACAUUUCUGUUUUUUAUUACUACAAAAAUGCAAACUACCCCAGUCACAUGACUCUUAGCCUUAUUUCAGUAUUUUGCAGUUAUCCAAGGCUUUUUUCCACACCCCUGGUUGUCCACAUCUUUGAAACAAACACUGUUACAUUAAUUUAAUGUUUAUUUAUGUUUUAGAAGAUGUUGUUCUUUAUUUUUCAUACUAAUCAAUUAUGGGAAUCAUCUUUCAGUUUGUCCUCAUAAAAGGGGGAAAAUUAGUGAAGAUUAAAAUUAUCCAGCUUCACAUUUCAAGACACUCUUUUAAUACAUUUUAAAUUAUAAAACCAGAGCUUAUUUAAACAGAAGACUGUAAGCUGUCAUUUUUAAACUAGUUCUUUAUUCGGAUUAUUUUACGCUUUGGAUUAGUUGAUUGUUGGAAACUGUUUGGAAGAGAACUGCAAAGUUAAUCGGUUGCAGGUUAUUACAAAUCUUAUUAACAAAUCAUGCUGUGCAGGUUGAACAUUUUUUUUUUUCCCAAUGCAGUAAAAUUUGUCUCGUUCUGUACUGAACUGCAAACCACAGUUGUGAUGUAACACGUGAGUAAUAUACUCAAAGGGUUGAACUUUGCACUCUGUCCAUUGCAGACCCACAACACAAAAUUUAGACAAAUGGCAUCAAUAACAUUCUCUUUGUUCAGAUAAAACAACUAGAGUUUGUAAAUUGAUUUUCUCUUAGUUGUGGAUUCUCUGACCUGCUAUCUUAAUGAUACAUGUAACGAUCGCAGAGUUUGCAUCUUGGAACCACAAGAAGCACAGUGGGUCUAAUUCUCUGAAUUCAACAGAGACGUAGAUGAUGAGGAUGAAAAGCAAACUCAACACUGGUUACUCCUGAAUAAUUGUCAUCCGGUUAAACUGUGAUUUUAAUAUGAUUUUAAGAGUUGAUUGGUACAGAAAACUAAAAGCUUGUUUUUGAAUCAUUUUUUU